AUGAUAUUCAGAAAAGCAUGGGAUCUCGAUAACUUAUUGAAUUGGAAAGCACCUGAGAUCCUUGAAAAAUAUUGUGGCUAUGGAUAUUUAUCAGACAAAGAUGGCUUCCCAAUACUCAUGUUGUUAUUGGGCAAUACAGAUGUUGAAGGAAUGCUGAAGUCUGUUCAAUCUAGUGAUUAUAUCAAAUAUGCUUUUUCUAUAAUUGAACGGGGCAUGCAAUUGUGCAACGCUAAAAGCGAAGAAGUCAAGUAUUUAACAUCACUUCAAACUGGACAUGCAUUCGAACAAAUGACGAUAGUUUUCGAUUUGGAUCAUUUUAGUAGUGCGCAUUACUCAUGCAAAGCAUUUGCUUCAUCUUUCACCACACUGAUAAUGCUUUUCCAAGAGCAUUACCCAUUGCUACUCAAAAAAAUUUUAAUUAUUCGAGCACCUGAAAUGGCAAGACUUGCUUUCAACACUAUAACCACUUUUCUGAGUGAAAGCAUACAGGAGCUAAUUGAAAUGCCAUCCCUUGAUGAGUGGGAAUUAGCACUGAAGCAAUACGUGGAAUUAGAAUCUUGGCCUGUUCAUUGGGGAGGGAAACUGUGCGAAAAUGGUGAUCCUAAGUGUCCAUCAAAAAUACGGUACGGUCUUGGACCGGUUCCGGAUACUUACUACGUUAAAGCUGAUAGUGCAAUGCCUGAUUAUGACCAACUUACUACUGUUUAUGCAGGUGAAAAGCAUCUCAUCGAGGUCAAAGUAGAAGCAAACACUAGAAUCAGCUGGCAAUAUAUGACAUCAGAAGAAGACAUCGGUUUUGCUAUACAUUAUGAUCAGACGUCUAAAGCAAACAAUUUAAUUGAAAUGGAAAAGAUCUUCCCAUAUAUUAGGCUAGAAUGUUCUCAAGUACCUAUAUCCGGAUGUAUUGUAUGCGAAAAAGCUGGAAGAUAUAUAAUCGAAUUUGACAACUAUUAUUCCUGGUUCUCAGCGAAACAAUUGCGCUACAACAUCGAGAUCGAUCAGUUGUAA